CUACCGUGCAAGGCAUUGCUUCGUCGCUGGUCCGGUGAUAUCAGCGGCCGUCAGCGGAUAACUGCAAGCAUUACAAGCUUCGAGCGGCGGAACAGCGCAUCCACAAGGACGCCCCCGGUGGACGAAUCUGCCUAUAUUAGGAGCAACGCCCCAGCUGAGUCUUCAGUUCGGAAGCGGUGCACCACAGAGCAACGACUAAUUUUUGUAUCUUCUGCAGGGGCUGCACGCUGAGGUAGCGGUCAGGGUGCGCCAUGCAGUACUACAACAAGGACGAACCUAACGAUGUCCGAACCCACGGAUUGUCAAGCACGCUGGUCGCGUACCUCGUCAUCAUGGUUGCCAUCAUGUUCAUCUUUUCCUUCGCCAUUUUCGUGUAUGCUCAAAAGAAGAGGAACUGCAGGGAACACGGGCUCUCCAGCCGGACGCUGGAAGACGUGGACGAACGACAGGUCACGGUGUAUGAAUCAGACCAGGUGACGCCGACGCCGAAACCCGGCUACGUUGCUACCGCCUCCAGGCGCACAACAGAGAGCGGUGUGCUGGACACUUUCGCGAACUUGGCGCAAUGGUGAAGCUUAGUGGCACUCCCUAUUUGUGUAUGGGUUCUUACUUUUCUUCCUUGCGAGAACCUACUCAUCUUGGACAGCUACGCACGGCAAUUCUCAAAAAGAAAAAGAAAGUGUAAGAGCUCAACUUAUACACGAAGAGGUAAUCUUUU